AUGCUAGAUCGAAGCUCUUGCCUGGAACUCAUACGUUCCUGUUGCUCCCUUCCAAAUGCAAGAAGGCUUCAUUCCCAGGUGCAGCGUGUUGAUGUGUUUGUGGCCAACAAGGUGGUGGAGAUGUAUGGCAGGUGCGGCAGCCCGGCUCUCUCGAGGCAAGUGUUUGACAGCAUCCCUUGCAAGGACUGCUUCAGCUGGGUUCUGAUGCUGUGCUCGUAUGCCAACAACGACUGCCCGAAGCAGGCCAAGAAACUCUUCGACGAGAUGCCGGCAUGGAACUUAGUGGCAUGGACGGCCCUGCUCAACAUGUACGCGCGAGGCGGCCAGACUGACCAAGCGCAGCUCGUCUACGACUCUAUGGCGGAGCGAGACAACGUGUGUGCGCUGGUUAUGAUUUGGGUGUAUGCCCGCACAGGGCAUCUGGAGCAAUCCAAGCACGUAUUUGACAUGCUGCAAGACAAGAACCUCGCGUGCUGCAACGCAAUGCUUUCGGCGUUUGGAAGCAGCGGAAGCAUAGAGGAAGCGAAGGAAGUAUUUAUCGCCAUGCGAGAGAGAGAUGUCAUAUCGUGGAACGCCCUGCUUGCAGCCUAUGCCCAAUGCGGGCAAAUGUCCAAGUGUGGCAAUUUGUUUGGAUGCAUGCCCGAGCGGGACGUGGUGUCGUGGACGGCAGUCAUCAGCGCCUACGCUCAAGCGGGCCAGCCGCAGAUGGCACUGCAGCUCUUCAACGAAAUGAACCUGGUGGAGCACCCGGAUGGCAUCUGUUUCGCGAGCGUUCUCGGGGCGUGGAGCCACAGAGGAGCUGUGAGAGGUGGCUGCCACUGCUUCACGUCCAUGACUUGCGACUUUGGGCUUGUAGCGAGCGGGCAGCACUACAGCUGCAUGGUGAGCCUCUUGUGCAGGGCGGGAUACGUGACCGACGCCCAAGCCUUGAUGGCCGCCAUGCCAUUCGCUCCGACUGCCUUGGACUGGAGAUGCUUCGUAGCGGCGUGUCGGGGCGGCCAUUACAGCAGCACGGAUGGCCUUGCCGUCGCGUCCCAGGCUGCCAUGCAAGCGGAGCCUGGCGUCGGUUCACCAUAUGUAAUGCUCUCUAACAUGUGUAGAGCGGCCACCGUGGUUUGA